GGCCGAUUACUGGAAAUCUCAGCCAAAAAAAUUCUGCGAUUACUGCAAGUGCUGGAUAGCAGACAACAGACCUAGCAUUGAGUUUCAUGAAAGAGGAAAGAAUCAUAAAGAAAAUGUGGCAAAAAGAAUUAGUGAGAUUAAAAAGAAAAGCUUGGAAAAAGCGAAAGAAGAAGAAAACAUGUCAAAAGAAUUUGCAGCAAUGGAGGAGGCUGCAAUGAAAGCAUAUCAAGAGGAUUUGAAAAGGCUUGGAAUUAAGCCAGAUGAUGUAGGUCCCAGUUCAACACAGAGUAAAACACAGAGUACCACAGUGGAAACUAAAGGAAAGAAAGAAAAGAAGGAGAAGAAGGAAAAGAAGGAAAAGAAAGAAAAGAAAAAAAAGACACCUCAGGACACCUCAGUGCCAUCAAAAAUUGAAACGAAGGAGUGGGUGCAAGGAUUUUCUCCCGAAGGCUAUACAUAUUACUACAACACAAGAACAGGAGAAUCACAGUGGGAGAAACCUAAAGGAUUCCAAGGCAACUCUCAAAACUCACAAACGGCAGCAGAGUGGGUAGAAGGUGUCACUGAAGAUGGUCAUACCUAUUACUAUAACACACAAACAGGAGUAUCCACAUGGGAGAAACCGGAUGGUUUUGUGUCAUCGUCAAAUGAGAAGAGUCAACGUGACAAGCAUUCUGAAGAGCUUUCAGAAACAGAUUCCAAAGCAUCUGAAUCAGACUCAGAAGAUAGUGAAAAAGAAGCCCAGGGUUCAGAAACAAAGUCCAAGAGGAAAGGAGAUAAUGGUGAAGAAUCAGAGGAAGGGAAAAAAUCUGCCAAAGCUAAAAAGUUAAGUCCUUAUGGGAAAUGGCGAGAAGUUAAGCCCGAAGAAACUGUUGAUAAAGAGGAGAGUACCUCAGCUUCCCAAGAAUCCUCCAGUGAUGCACCUAACAAGACCAACCCUUAUGGAAAAUGGAAAGCAAUUAAGGAAGAAGAAGAAGAAGAAGAAGAAGAACCAUGUGAAAAAGUGGACCUGGAGCUUCCUAGUACAGAGAGUGACAAUCUACCACCUCCAGUGCUAGAGGUUCCAGAAGAUGCGACAGUGAUAUUUAAAGAGAAGACAGUCACCUCCCUUGGAGACCUGACAGAAGGGGUGCCAACAUUUAAAAAGAGGAAAUUUGAAAAUGGCAAAUCUAGAAACUUAAGACAAAGACUAAGUGAUCAGUAAUACUUAACAAAUCAUUUUAGAUUCUGUUUAAGCUAGAGUGAAUUAAAAGUUUAAUAUUUUAAACAGGCUUUUAUAAAGAAAAUGUUGGAUAGAAAUUAAGGAUUUAUAGGUAUUAAAACAUAUGUGAGUUGUAAUAUUUUUUUAUUUUAUUUUGAUGUGAUUGAUUUUGCAAUGGAAGUUUGUGUUACAUUACUUAUGCAAUAUUGUAAAUACAUUUAUUUUUUAUUUUAACCAUGCCAUCCAAGUUUAAUUUGCUCUGUGUAUGCUGUUUUAAAUAUAUUGUGUAAGGUUUUUUACUCCUUUUCUAAGUAUGGGAGAAUGUAGUAAUCCUUAAUCUAGCAGAAAUUAUGCAGACCUUUUAUUUUUACAGAGGAACUGGAUCAAUAGCGUGUACUAGAGAGUAAAAUCAUCCCCCGAGAUCAUUUAUGUGGAGUAGUUUCCCAACUAAUGAGUAAAAAUAUUGUGCUUACUAACCCUUGGCUAAUCGCUUGCAAAAGAGUAGGUGGUGAGAGUGCCAGCAUUUCAAAUAGAUCAUUUGAA